AUGAUCCCACCCUUCGACUACUUCGAUCACAUCCGCGCGUGUAAGCGCAAGCAGAAUGAACGAGCCUCUCGAAUCGCAACGCUUCCCCGACCUUACCUCUAUCCUCUCGGCCCGUCCGAGCGAGACAUACUCAACGAGGACAUCGAAGACUUGGUGAAUGAUGUCCAGAAUGGCGAGAAAAAGGCUGUUGACGUACUCCGAGCGUACGGCAAAGUGGCUAUCAAGGCUCAAGAAUCCACAAAUUGCGUGACCGAGGUCAUGCUCUCCUCAGCGGAGACCUGGCUCGAGCGAGGCGACAUCAAUCUCAAAGGACCGCUGGCCGGCAUACCCGUCAGUCUAAAAGACAGCAUCGGCGUCGCAGGCUUUGACAGCAGCGUUGGCUACUCCUGCAACACCGGCAAGCCUGUCAAGACCGAUGGCGCCAUUGUCCGCAUGCUCAAAGACGCCGGCGCAGUCCCGUUCGUUAAGACCGCACUGCCUGUAACGUUAUUAAGCUUCGAGAGCUUCAACGACGUCUGGGGACGAGCUCUCAAUCCACACAACCCUAAAUACUCUCCGGGCGGCAGCACAGGCGGCGAGGGUGCACUUCUUGCUUUCGGCGGAAGCCGCAUAGGGAUCGGCAGCGACGUCGCCGGCUCCGUACGAGCACCAGCCCAUUACUCUGGCUGCUACAGCUUGCGGUGCAGUACCGGACGAUGGCCGAAGCUCGGUGUAAGCACAUCUAUGCCCGGCCAAGAGGGCAUCGCCUCCGUCUUCUCACCUAUGGCACGCACACUUUCCGACUUGACCUACUUCACACGCUCCCUCAUUCAGAUGCAGCCCUGGAAGUACGAUCCCAGCGUGCACCCACUUGCCUGGCGCAGCGAGAUCGAAUCUGAAUACAGAGACCGUAAGCAGUUGAAGGUAGGAAUCAUGCGUACAGACACCGUAGUCGACCCAUCUCCAGCCUGUGCUCGUGCCCUUGACAUGGCCGCUUCUGCGCUUCGCGACGCCGGCCACGCCGUCUUCGAUAUAUCGCCCCCUGACCCAACGGAAGCCCUAGUUAUCGCCAGCAAUCUUCUUAACGCAGACGGCACCAAAACCUUCCGCUCCUUCUUCCGCACGGGCGAAACCGACGACGCUGGAGCGAGGCAGUUUGGACGGUACAUGCGCUUGCCCCGGCUGGUCAAAUGGUUCUACUGGGCUUACUACCGCUACAUCAAACACGAUAACAUUUGGGCCGCCCUCAUUAACCCUUGGCACUGGCACGCAAAGUCCGCUUACGAGCAGUGGCAGUGGGUGGCAAAACGUGAGCUCUACAAGGUCAAGUGGCACGAAUGGUGGAAUUCUCACGGCACUUUCGGAGAUGGUCUGGACGUUAUACUGACACCUCCGAAUGCUACACCUGCUGUGCCGCAUGGUGGGAUGAGCAGCGCGGCGUCCGCUUGCGGCUAUACUUUCCUUUUCAACAUUCUCGACUACGCCGCUGGCAUCGUCCCAGUCACGCACGUUGAUCCUAUCAUCGAUGCCCUUCCGAUCGACUUCAAUAUACGGAAGCUGAACGGUGUCGCUCAAGGCGCUUACAAGCAAUACUCUGCUAUCGAUAUGUCCGGCCUACCCGUCGCCGUACAAGUCGUGGGACGAAGACUGGAGGAGGAGAAAGUGUUGUCCUGCAUGCAAAGGCUCGAGGAUGCUCUGGAGGCGAAGGGGGACAGGUAUAAGCUCUUGGAGGUGCCGGAAAUGUGA